AUGGCUCCCAAGAAAGGCGAUUCCGCCGGCGGAACGAGCGGCAAAGGCGGUAAAGCGGGGUCAGGCAAGCCGGCCGCCGCGGACCGGAAAAAGUUUUCCGUCAGCAGCAUCGUCGUUGAGGAGAAAGGCAAAGGCGAACGGAAACCGUCCGUCACUUCUUCCAGCGGCGGCGGCGGCGGCGGAGGGAAGAAAUCGCGCGCUCCGCCGAGCAAGAAGCCGCAAAACGAUUACCUCGCGGGCGUCGAUCUCCCGCCGUCCGAUGACGAGGAGGAAGAAAUAAUGGACGGCGCAGAUAAUGGGGAGUACGUUGAGGACGACGAUAUGGGGGGAUCCAAAACGGGGAAAGGUCGCGGGCUUGUAUCGGGGAUGGGAAACUUGCAGAUGUCGGAUAAGCAAGCGAAGAAGAAGAAGGAAAAGGAGCUUAUGAUUGAGCAAGCUCAGGAGGAGGCGCGUAAAGAGGCUCUUAAAGCGGACGACGCUAACGCGUUUUCCGUCACUCUCGGAUCUCGAGUCGCGGAUAUGGACGCUUCGGAAGACGCGGACGGCGCGGCGGGAUCUGCGGCCGACGCUAACGUGCGCGAUAUUAAAGUGGAGAACUUUUCGGUCUCGGCGCGCGGGAAGGAACUAUUUAGGAACGCGUCGCUAACUAUCGUUCACGGAAGGCGGUACGGGCUGGUGGGUCCUAACGGCAAGGGUAAAUCGACGGUGAUGAAGCUGCUUGCGCGGCGGCAGCUACCGGUGCCACGUGGCAUUGACGUGCUCUUAGUGGAGCAGGAGGUGGUUGGGGACGAAAGGUCCGCGUUAGAAGCUGUCGUGACUGCAGACCAAAAGCUGGUGAAGUUACGCGAGGAAGAAGCGCGGUUACGAGCGAUUCUGGAUAAAUUCUCGCAUGCGGAAGGGGAAGGGGAGGAAAAGGAAAAGCAGGUAGAGAGUAGCGAGUCGGCGGAAGAAACGGCGGAUAGUGGGGCGACAGGGAAGGGGAAAGGGAAAGGGAGGAAGAAGGGUGCGCAAGCAGCAGCAGCCGCAGCAGCUGCCGCCGCCGCCGCAGCAGCCGCGACGGCGGAAGAGGAGGAAGACGAGGCGAGCGCAAGCGAGAAGCUCGCGCACGUGUACGACGAGAUGCGCGAGAUCGGCGCGGAAGCGGCGGAGGCGCGCGCGUCGAAGAUCCUCGCGGGGUUAGGGUUUACGAAGGAGAUGCAGGCGCGAUCGACGAAAUCGUUUUCCGGGGGGUGGCGCAUGCGAAUUUCGCUCGCGCGCGCGCUUUACGUGCAGCCGACGCUUCUGCUGCUUGAUGAGCCUACUAAUCACCUGGAUCUUAGGGCGGUCCUAUGGCUGGAGGAGUAUUUGAUGAGGUGGAAGAAGACUCUAAUCGUCGUGUCGCACGAUCGGGACUUUCUUAACUCGGUCUGCACGGAUAUUAUUCACCUGCACGACGAGAAACUGUUCUUUUACAAGGGUAACUUCGAGGGGUUUGAGGAGAUGUACGAGCAGAAGCGGCGGGAGAACAACAAGAAGUUUGAGGUCUACGAGAAGCAGCUCAAGGCGGCCAAGCGGUCCGGGAACAAGCAGAACCAGGAUAAGGUGAAGGACCGGGCCAAGUUCAACGCGCAGAAGGAGGCUCGGAAGGGCGGCAAGAAGAGCGCCAGCUCAGCAGGUGACGCGGACGACGACACGCCAACCGAAGCCCCCAAGAGAUGGCGAGACUACGCAGUUGAAUUCCAUUUCCCCGAACCCACCGAACUCACGCCGCCUCUGCUCCAACUCAAAGAAGUCUCCUUCUCGUAUCCCAACCGCCCGGAUUUCGCGCUUUCGGAGGUCGAUGUGGGAAUAGACAUGGGGACGCGGGUUGCGAUAGUUGGGCCGAACGGGGCGGGGAAGUCGACGUUGCUGAAUCUGCUCGCAGGGGAUUUGCAGCCGACUCAUGGGGAGUCUAGGCAGAGUCAGAAGCUAAGGAUUGGGCGGUAUUCACAGCAUUUUGUGGACCUUUUGGCGUUUGAUGAGACCCCUGUGGAGUAUUUGCUCCGGUUGUACCCAAACCAGGAGGGCCCGAGCCGGCAGGAGGCGGUUCGGAGCAGGCUCGGGAAGUUUGGGCUGCCGAGCCACAAUCAUCUGACGCCGAUCGUGAAGCUGAGCGGAGGGCAGAAGGCUCGGGUGGUGUUUACUGCGAUCAGCAUGGCCCGGCCGCACAUUCUUCUGCUGGACGAACCUACAAAUCAUCUUGACAUGCAGAGCAUUGACGCGCUGGCAGAUGCAUUAGACGAAUUUACCGGAGGGGUGGUGCUGGUAUCUCACGACUCGCGGCUCAUCUCGCGCGUGUGCGACGACGAGGAGAGGGCUGAGAUCGGGAAGCUCAUGUUGUUUAGCAUUGACGCGCUGGCAGACGCAUUAGACGAAUUUACCGGAGGGGUGGUGCUGAGAAUUGACGCGCUGGCAGUUGCACUGGACUGUACACCGCUCGAGUGCCUUCCCUGUUAUGCAUUAGAUGAGUGCACCGGAGGCGUGGUGCUGGUGUCUUUUGAGUCGACUCAAAAGUCUUUUGUGUCGACUCAAAAGUCACCGCUCGAGUGCCUUCCCUGUUAUGCAUUAGAUGAGUGCACCGGAGGCGUGGUGCUGGUGUCUCACGACUCGCGGCUCAUCUCCCCUGAAUCUUGUCUUCCCUACCUGAUUAUUCCUCUUUAUCUUCCCUUCCGCCCUUGUUAUUCCCCUUACCCCCAACAGAGUAUCGACGCACUCGCAGAUGCAUUGGAUGAGUUCACUGGAGGCGUGGUGCUGGUGUCUCAUGACUCGCGGCUCAUCUCGCGCGUGUGUGACGACGAGGAGAGGGCUGAGAUCUGGGUCGUGGACAACGGCACGACCAAGAAGUUUCCGGGAAGCUUUGAGGAUUACAAGCAGCAGCUGAUCAAGGAGAUUAUUGCAGAGGUGGAGGACUAG